AUGUCUUCAAAUCAGGGUUCCUCUUCUUCUUCAAAACAACAGUUGAAAACACAGAAUGGAUCGUCAAUAACACAACUUGGUGCUUUAGAAGAUGACGAAUUUGAAGAAUUCAAUGCUGAAGAGUUGAAAUCACCAAAGCUACUAUCAUGCCACAGCCAAUGA